ACAGAAACUACGUUAGAAUUCUCAGCUGCCACCUUCCGAAAUCUCCGGAGGUGGUCCUUUUUAACCUUUUCCAUCCUUGUAUAUAUUAACCCACCUGGCACUUACACUACACCACCUGCUUAUAACUUAUACUCAUCCUCACUUUGUAACUAACGCCACCCUGAUCGCCACCAUGUCCACGGCAGCGAUGUCGUCGGCGAUCACAUUCACAUCUUCUUCUAAAGAUUUCUCCAAAUUUAAUCUCAACAUUCCGAUCCAAUCAUUCCAUUUCCAUCCAUCAUUUUCCCUUUCAAUCAAAACCACCGGAUCUUUCCGUCAUUCUUCCUCAUUGAAACACAACACCGACCGCAGUCAAUCUACGAUAUCCCUCGAGUUUUUGGACGACGGAAAUGGGAAUAAUAAUUCAGGCAGAGGCGGAGACGGAGACGGAGACGGAGAUGGCUCAAAAUGGGGGAGCGGUGGAGGUGGAGACGGAGGUGAUGGAAGUGAGAACGAAGCGUUGAUGGUUUUGGCGGAGGUUGGGAGGUCGUUGGAUAGUAUUCCGGCGGAUUUGGCAGCGGCGGUAAGGGUUGGUAGGAUACCAGGAUCGGUUAUAAAGAGGUAUUUGGAAUUGGAAACAUCGCCGUUUUUAAGAUGGUUGCUUCAGUUUGGAGGGUUUAAGGAGCGUUUGCUUGCUGAUGAUCUUUUCUUGGCUAAAGUUGGGAUUGAAUGUGGAGUUGGUAUGUUUACCAAGACUGCUGCAGAAUAUGAAAAACGCAAAGAAAAUUUCUCCAAGGAGCUGGAAAUUGUUUUUGCAGAUGUGGUGAUGGCUGUAGUUGCAGAUUUUAUGCUUGUUUACCUUCCGGCCCCUACGGUGUCUCUUCGACCUCCAAUUUCUGUAAAUGCCGGGCGUAUUGCCAAGUUUUUCUACAACUGUCCAGAUAACGCAUUCCAGACUGCCUUGGGUGGAACAUCAUAUUCAUUACUUCAGAGAUUGGGUGCUAUCGCGCGUAACGGUGCAAAGCUUUUUCCUGUGGGCACUGCAUCAUCAUUGGUUGGCACAGUUGUGACAAAUACGCUGAUCAAUGCUAAAAAGGCGGUUCAGAAAUCUUCUGAUGAGCUUGAGAAUAUUCCGGUUUUAUCCACCAGUGUGGGAUACGGCGUUUAUAUGGCUAUCUCUAGCAAUCUCCGGUACCAACUUCUGGCGGGUGUCCUUGAACAACGACUUCUGGAACCUUUAUUACACCAACACAAGCUAAUGCUGAGUGCAGCCUGCUUUAUCGUACGGACAGGAAACACAUAUUUGGGAUCAUUACUGUGGGUGGAUUAUGCACGUUUGGUCGGGCUUCAAAAGGCUCAUGAUGUCGAAUGAAGUCUAGUUUUCGAGUUCUGAUGUAGAUUCAGAUUAUCCGACAUUUCUAGAGUUCCUUUUGUUUUCGAGAUUUAUGAAGAGUAAUUACUAGGUUGUCGGGUUUUAAAGACCAUGUUAUGUGAUUUCUUUCUGAACUCUUUUAACUGUUUGAAACAUGAAAGUCUUUGAACUUUCAUAGCAUCUGGAGGAUAUUAGAUUCUGUUGUUGAACAGAAAUGAUGAGUUUCUUUAAUGUUGUUCUAGUUAUUGGAAAAAAGGCUUGUCUGACAAUGAAUGUAUUGAUCAGGCAAGGAGUAGUGUUGUGGUUCAAA